ACCAGGAUCAGGUAGGAGGAUGAGGAAGACUCUGCUGUGGCUGCUGGCCUCUCUGGCCUUCGUCUCCCUGACUUCUCUUGCUGAUGGAGCUCCAAUCGAGGUGAUGUCUGCCCCCAACUUGUUGAGGGUAGGAACAGCAGAAAACGUUUUUGUGGAGUGUCAAAACUGCACAGGUGCAGACAUAAGGGUGGAAAUCCAUGUGUUGAACCAUCCAACCAAAAACAUAAGGCUGGCAACUGCAUCUGUGACACUUACCAGUACAGAUGACUUCCAGGCGCUGGUACAGAUAAUGAUCCCUGCUGGAGACUUCAGUAAGGAUCCCAGCAUCAAGCAGUAUGUGUAUCUGCAAGCUCAGUUCCCUGGCCGACUGCUUGAGAAGGUUGUCAUGGUCUCCUUUCAGUCUGGGUAUAUCUUCAUCCAAACUGACAAGACCCUCUACACCCCCAACAGCAGAGUUCAUUACAGGAUGUUUGCUGUGACACCCCGUAUGGAGCCUGUGGAGAGGGAUGAUGCCAACCAAAUGGAUGUGUCUAUUGCCAUUGAGUUUGUGACCCCUGAAGGCAUCUUCUUAGAACUUCAUCUAGUCUCUUUGAAAUCAGGGAUCCACUCUGGAAAUUACCAACUCGCUGAAAUCGUCAGUACCGGACAGUGGGAGAUCCGCGCAAAGUUCCACAGCAACCUACAGCAGAGCUUUAGUGCAGAGUUUGAGGUCAAAGAAUAUGUGCUUCCCAGUUUUGAGGUUAAACUGAAUCCUACGAGCUCUUUCUUCUACAUGAACGACCAGGAGCUCACAGUCCACAUUAAAGCCACGUAUUUGUUUGGUCAAGAGGUGAAUGGGGUGGCCUACGUUGUGUUUGGGGUCAUAAAUGAUGGUCACAAGAAGAGCUUUCCAAGUUCUCUUCAGAGAGUGCAGAUUGAAAAAGGUGUUGGAGCUGUCACGCUGAAGAGAGAGCACAUCACAACGACCUUCCCAAACAUUGAAGACCUGGUGACGAAAUCCAUAUAUGUAGCUGUCAGUGUGCUAACGGAGAACGGUGGUGAAAUGGUGGAGGCAGAGUUGAGAAAUAUUCAGAUUGUUAAAUCUCCCCUGUGUCCUAUUCAUGCACGCAUUCCUUCACUGAGACUUCCCUAUACGUAGCCGGCCCCCUGGGUGGGCCUACGUGAAUGCGCGCGCAUCCACCGCAUAAGCGGCGGCCUCGCCCCCUCACUGCUAUCCCUUUACUUUCUCUUCAGCUGAGUAGCAUAGGGCAGCAAUGCUGCAUGAGUAGAGGGCUCAACUGUGCUUAUAUAACAUGGGUUACCAUACGUAACCCUACGUUAUAUCUCUCACAGGCUCCGCCCUCUACUGGACUCUAUGGGCGCUCUGCUGUCCCGUGAGAACACCACUCCAUCCCCCUGUUUCGGACCGGCUUUCUGUUUAGCAGCCGCUGCGCCUCCCUCACCUCUCCCUCGGCCGUAGCCAAGGAGAGAGAAAGAGGCUGCGGCAGGCCGCGCACACCCUGACGCGCUUACCCCCCGGAGGUGUGCCAAAACGUAGAGGAUUUCCUCCUCCUGUCUUAAUGUAGGGGAAAAGGAAAUCCCCAGCCCCUAUGGGCCCGU